AUGCAUUUCUCAGCUGCUGCCUCGCUCGUCCUGAGCCUCGCCACCAUCGCGGCGGCCCAGCUCUCCGCUCCCCCCAUCGUCAAGGCAAUUGCUCCCAACGCCGAAAACUGCGCCGACACCACCGAAUGCCGCACUGCUGAGCAGGCGGCUCCCUUCAUCGCCAAGAGCAUGUCCGACUACAAAAUCUACAACGUGGCCGAGAUGGCCGCCAUCAUCGCCACCAUGGCCUUUGAGUCCGCCGACUUCAAAUUCAAGCACAACGUCUCGCCCGGCCGUCCUGGCCAGGGUACUGCCAACAUGCAGAUGCCCAAUUUCAACCUGGCCUACGCUCAAAGCAUCGACAGCCUCAAGAGCCAAGUUUCGCAGUUCACCACCACCGAUGGGCUGAGCGACGGUGAUCUGAACCACAUCCUGUCCUUGGUCCAGCCCGACGAAUUCAACUUUGCUAGUGGUGCCUGGUUCUACUCUACGCAUUGCGAUGAGUCGGUCAAGGCAGCCUUGCAGGCGAAUCCUGAUGAUGGAUUCUCAAAAUAUCUUACGUCGUGUGUUGGCACGACCGUUACAGAUGCUCGGUCGGCAUACUUUGACAGGGCAAAGACGGCCUUUGGACUGCAUUAG